AUGACUACUGCUCCUGCUAUUCAUAAGGAAAGUAACCCAUUUGCUUCUGGAACGACUACCACAGGUAUGCCUUCUCGCACCAUGGGUGAUCAUAAGCGUUUCCAAAGCACUCAACGCAAUGAUACCACGCAUCGUAUUGAAAAUGAAGUCCUUUCUAUCUUGCAAUGGAGAAACCCUGUUCGUUCUGGUGCUAUUUUCGCUAUUACUGUUGGCUCGAUUCUGUUGACACGUUGGUACUCUUUAUUGCAAAUUGGUUCUAGUCUUUUAACUUUGGCUAUUGGUAUUAACCUUGUCUAUGUCAAUCUGGUUCUUCAAAGUCAAAAAGUUCUCACCAAUCAAGAUGCCGCUCAUCCUUACAAUGAUGUCAUUCAUAACGACAAACAUGCCAUGAUUGACAGACAAAGUGUAGGCUACUAUACAACUGUCAUGACUGAAGUAGCUGAGACUGUGAUUCGGGCAUUGACUCGUAUUGUGUUUAUUGAGAACACAUGGACCAGUGCUAAAUGGAUGUCUAUUUUCUUUGUUAUCUGGAAGGUAUCUGCUCAUGUUUCUACUAUGAACAUUAUCUUGGGUCUUGUUAUGUCCGCUUUUAUUUUCCCUCGUCUCUAUAUCAGCAACAAGGACGUUGUUGAUGCUCAACUCCAGAAAGGUCAAACAUUGCUUCAAACAGGUAUUAAACAAGCUCAAACUGCUGCUACUACUGCUGUUCAAGAUACCUAUGCCAAGUCAAGAGCUUUUGUCGCUAAGGCUGGCACUACUGGUACUGAUGCUAAGAACACCAUCAAGAAUGAAUCUGUUACUGUCAAGCAAGAUUAA